UUGACUCGCUCAGAGAACGGGGGCGAUUGUGACGGCACAAUACAGGAAUUCAGUUGACAGGGGGAACGUGGCGGAGGUGUUGUCCGAUUGGCUGCCGAGGAGCUGUCAAUCACUAAGGCGGCUCGCCGCUUCCUGCAGCAAAAAUACACAGAGGCAGAGAGUGUGUGAACUGGCUGGGCAUAGUAUUCGGGAGGUUGCCCCUCUGUCAUGGAAGGAGUACUGCACAAGUGGACCAAUUAUCUGAGUGGCUGGCAGCCACGGUACUUUGUGCUGGAUGGUACUGUGCUGUCGUACUACGACUCGCAGGAAGAUGUUGGGAAAGGAAGUAAAGGGAGCAUCAAAAUGGCUGUGUGCGAGAUAAAAGUGCACACAGCAGACUUCACCCGGAUGGACUUGAUUAUUCCUGGAGAACAAUAUUUCUACCUCAAAGCAGUAAAUGCUGCAGAGCGACAGAAAUGGUUGGUUGCUCUUGGAAGUGCCAAAGCCUGCCUGGCAGACAGCAGGAGCAAGAAGGAACGAGAAAUUAGUGAAACUGAGGACACCUUGAAAUCCAAAAUGUCUGAGCUUCGACUUUAUUGUGAUUUGCUGAUGCAGCAGGUACAUAAGAUCAAGGAGUCUGCACAGCCGCUCCAGGACAGUUCUACUCCUGAUGUCGAGAAAAUGAAUGAGGCUUCGUCUUUGCUUAAAGCCACGUGCAAUACCUUUAUAAAUACCCUUGAGGACUGUAUGAAAAUAGCAAGUGUGAAGAUAUCCCCAGAGCUGCUUUCACCUCCAGAGUCCCCAGUUGCACAUGUCACCUCCACACCUCUUCGCAGGGUUAAACGUUCAGUCAGUCACAGUGGUGUUGUUCCACCUGACAGGAAUGCAGAAAUUAACAACUUGGUCCAGUCUCCGAAGAGUUCCAUUACAGUAAUGAGAAAUCUGGAGGAAAUGGCUGCCCAUCGAGCUAGCAGACAAACAAGAUCGCCCGUGGGAAACAAGACUCCAGACAGCUUUGCAGCACAACCAGAAAAUUUACUGCCACCUUCCCAAAGUGUCCAAGAUGAAUCUGCAAGUAGUGCCAAUGGUGAGUAAUGUUCCUGGAGAAAUAGUGCCCUUCUCUGUCAAGUGGCACCCAGAAAGAACAAGUUGAGACGCAGCCAUAUCAUGAGGAGGAAACUACAUCACCACAUGAACAGAAGCAUCUUCAAUGUUAUUGUCGGAAAAUCAUCAGAACUAAUAGCUCCUGACAGAAGAUGGAAACUUCCCAUCCUGAAAAUGCUGGUAACUUACUAAUCUUUAGUAUUGGGUGUGCCAUUUAAUGCAUUAAUACUUGUUUGAAAUUAUGUUGAAAAUUUAGCAGGGUAGGGUGAGAGUGUCUUGGAUUUUUGGUUUAAGUUGGCUCCCUAGUUUUUUCUUACAUUCUAGGCUUCAGUCCUUUGCCCAACUAAUACAUGUGAAGGACAAAAAUAGGGGAGCAUUCUCUACAGGAAGGAACAUUACAUUAGUUUCCCCCUCCCAUGCAAGAGGCAAAACGUCUCUGUAAAUGAAUUCAAAAUUUAGCAAACUGAGUUGAAUAAUGUCAUGUGCAAUAACCCAAUUUAUAAAUCAGACAAUGGUGAUUGAAUACCAUUUAGAACCAUAUGGAUAAUUUAAUAGAUCCCAUUCCAUGUUUGAUUUAAGUAGACCUGUGUGGUGGUAUAUCUGGGGACUGCCAAAUGCCUCCUAUAACCUCACUUACCACUUAAAGGUCCACUUGCUGAAAUGCAGACUGCCUCCAUUGCAUUUUCAAUGGAUAAAUUGAAUUUCACUCACCUCAAUUACUGUGCUCAAUGUCAAACUGAUUGAGUAAUGGGUUACACCAAAAGAAUUGUAUUGUUUGGUGGUGAUGUAGUUCCAUAAAACCCAUGGGUAUCAAAUACCCUGACUGACCACAGACUGCUUGUAAUGACGUCUACUUCCCAGACACCAAAUCCAAGCGAUAGGUUGGAUCAAAGACUCGGGCAUCCUAACUGCCAUUAAAAAGAACAUUUGUGAUGAUAAAAUGUGUGUUACAGUUCGCUCGGAGUCUCAGUUGCUAUGGCAACACUUUUUUACCUGGAGCUUGGAAUAGUGAUGGGCAAGAUUCCAAUUUCCCUUCCAUCACAUGACUGAUCAAAAAUCUCUCCUGUCCUAUUCUCGCCUGCAAUUGGUGUAUCUUGAAAGCAUCACAAGUCAAUACUCAACAUGUUUGGCUGUAUUCUGAACCAAUCUUUGGUGGUCAUCAAGUCCUGGGGUGGGAUUCAAACCCAAAGUUGCUGACUCCAAGGCAGGAUGUGAUCCACUACAUCACAGCAGAUGGUUUCAGAUUGAUAUCAUCUGAGGCACACUACUCUAAUUUGUUCCCUUGAAUUUGUUUACUGUUGGAUAAGGAUAUAUAGAACAUAUGUCCUUUUUCUUCCCCUGGAAAGUCCCUAGCAGUUUUACAUUCAGUUUACAUCAGCUAAAACCAAGUUCCAUGCAACUCAAAAACCACUUCCUUAAUAAUGUAGCCUGUUACAAGUAUUCUAUAACACUAACGUUGCUUGAACCUGGAGAUCUGAGGUUUAACAAGUUGAUAAGCUAACUGUAUUCUAUUUAUACUUUAUUUUUCCAAAACAAAUUGCAGGUAAACCAGUAGAGAUUAAAACCUAGAUUAAGGAAGGGUUAGUCAACUAUAUAUAGGUUAUCAUUAGUAGACGCUAAUUUUAUCAUCUACUAAAUCUGGGACUAUAGAUUCCAUUAGUAUUUGGCUAUCCUUGUCACCAUUUCCAAUGGCCCUACUUGUGCUGCAGUCAUACUAUCAUCUAUGAUUGUUGUUCCUGAAUUUCUUUAACUUUAUUCGUAGUUCAGUUCAGCUGCACGAGCUGAGGUACAAAAUAAAUUAAUAUUUUUCUAUAUUUUGUUACUUUUAUUUCAUCUUCCUUUAUGUGAACUGAUUUGAAUGUAAUCACUUUUGAAACCAAGCGAUGCUAUAAGUUCAUUCUCUUAAGAAUAGUUUUAUUUACAUGACAGUGGUGGUGAAAGGUGAUUCAAACAGAAAACUUAACAAAAAUGGUCCAGUUGAACUGUUCAGAGGUAUUUUCAAAUCUAAUAUAUUUAAAAGGGGAAGAAAAACCGAUCCAGAAUAAUUUCCUGUCCAGACUGGAAUCCUCUUCUGUUUGUGUUGCACAAACCAUAGGUGUCUACAAACCUGCAAUUCAGCCCAUUGUUACAAUAAUAAUCUUUAGAAUAAUCCAAUAUUAAUUCUGCUGACUUGUACGCUUUCUGCUACAGCUCUGCACCUACCUCAGCUUCAAGUAGUGAUUUAAUUUUCCCUUCCAAGGUGCAAUGGUCUCUCAUUGUCAAUUACUUCCAGUAGUAAACAAAUGCCAUUCUUUGUGAACAACACCUGAGCAAAGAAAUUUAUGAAUCAUUUUCCUCACUCACUCCUCAGUGACAAUUUUAAAAUUUAUCAUCAGCAAUUGCUCAGAACAAUUGUGGAAUGUUUGUCAGAGUACAAUCUGUGGCAAGUUAGCACUGCUGCCUCACACUGCCAAAGACCCGGGUUCAAUUCCCGCCUCAGGCAACUCUGUGUGGAAUUUGU